CCUCCAGGAAGUAACACGCAUGCGCCCGACGACACAAGGAGCCAUGCAUGCGCAGUGUAUCCCGGCGGCACUCCUUGCUGCCGUCUGUUGAACGCAAUCCGGUAGUGCAGGCGAACGUACGCCUAUUAAAGAUGACGACGGCGGCCCCGCUGAGCAGCACACAGCUGCCAGUGGAUGGAACCACCAGGUCUCAAGGACUGAGUCUGUAUCAAAGCUCUGGAGCGAUCAUUGCUGCCAUCGUAGUGGGAGUUAUUGUUGUUUUUACAGUGGUGCUGCUCAUACUGAAGGCAUAUAACAGGCACAUGAGAGGGAAGAGGGAGCUGGAGCCUAAAGGCAGCAAAGCAGCAGUGCCUCCUCCUAUAGGGCACAACAGCAGCAGCGUCACCCAGCACUCCACAGUGACUUUCAUACCUAUCCACGUGCAGAGCAGAUAACUGCGAAUGCAUCCUUCCCUUUGAGAGAGAAGAGCUGGACUGCUCUGGAAGGUGGGGCUGCGUUUGGAAUGGCCAUCAGCUCUGAUUUUGUAUCAUAAUUCAUCCUGUUUUCUCACUUUGGGAGGAAAACUGGAAGGUCUGCUGUGUGAUGAGAAUCAAGCGGUGAAGGGAUGCAAAGCAAGGAGCCAUCCUGCAGAGCUUCGGGUGUGGGAAGGCCAAAGAAGCCGAAUUAUUCCUUUGGAGAAGCCACGCACGUUGAUUUUGCAGAGCUUUUGCUUGCUCGGAGUCUUAAGCUUUUUCUAUCCUGUGAUGAAUAGAAGGGAAAACUAGACGUGCAGCUCAGGUUGUGCUGUUAAGGUUUACAGUGAAGCGGGUUUGUAGUCUGUUCUAUGCACGGCAGAUAGUAGAACCAUAUUUAGUUCCUGAUACCACAUUUGUGUGGCUGUAGGCAGAAAAGGAUGAAUUUUAACCCAUGUAUAUUGAGCUAUUUGUAAUAACAGCAACCUGCUGGUUUCCCAAUGAACUGAAUGUCUGCCACAAUCA